UUGCAUUGUACGGACGCUAUGCACGCGCUGCGCCUUAGCAGGGAUUUUGCAGGCUGAGGAUCCUGAGGAACUCGGGGAAACCGUGGGCUGUGUUGCUUUCCUCACCUCUGCCAAUACGACCACCACGUCCUCCGAAGAGAGAGCGGAUGAUGGCGGCCGCCCCGGCUGCGGUGGUAGAGGUAAGCGCCAGCAGCACCGGGAGCAGCAGCAGCGACACUUCCAGCACCGGCGAGGAGGAAAGGAUGAGGCGCCUCUUCCAGACCUGCGACGGGGAUGGCGACGGCUAUAUCAGCAGGAAUGACUUAUUGAUGGUGUGCCGCCAACUGAACAUGGAGAAAUCUGUGGCUGAGAUCAUGCAUCAGCUUGGUGCAGAUGAAAAUGGAAAGAUUUCCUUUCAGGAUUUUACUCGAUGUCGCAUGCAACUUGUGCGAGAAAUCCGGAAAGAAGAAGUUGAACUUUCUGUGAAAUCAGAUGAGUUUUGUAAGAAGAAAGCAUUAAGAGACAGAAUAGCUUCCUGGCCAACAAGCAGUGAUAACAGUUUGGGUGCUAGAGAAAGUUGGGAAUAUGAUUCCGGAGCUAGAGAUCUUCAGAGUCCUGACUUGAACAGUCGUUCAACUCUACACAACCUCUUAGAAUAUGGAGGCAAUGCCAUGAAUCAACAAGUUGUGCUGCAGAAACUGCUUACCCAGGCCUCUAAUCUCACCAGUUCAGUUGGAGGAAGUUACUUAGAGCUUGCUAACACCCUACACUUAGCAGCUCUGGCAUCACUGAAAGGAGACAUCGUUGAACUUAAUAAACGCCUGCAGCACACAGAGCGGGAGAGGGAUUUGCUAGAAAAGAAAUUGGCAAAGGCACAGUGUGAACAGCCUCACCUAAUGAGAGAGCAUGAAGAUGUGCAAGAGCGGACGACGCUUCGAUAUGAAGAACGGAUCACAGAGCUCCAUAGCAUUAUUGCAGAGUUAAAUAAAAAAAUUGAUCGACUGCAAGGAACUACAAUCAGGGAAGAAGAUGAGUAUUCAGAACUACGAUCAGAACUUAGUCACAGCCAGCAUGAGGCCAAUGAAGAUUCACAUAGCAUGGACCAAGAUCAGACUUCUGUUUCCGUCCUAGAAAACCAGUCAACCAUGGUCACAGCUGACAUGGAUACCUGUAGUGACUUGAACUCUGAACUGCAGAGAGUGCUGACGGGUCUGGAGAAUGUUGUCUGUGGGAGAAAGAAGAGCAGCUGCAGUUUGUCUGUAGCAGAUGUGGACAGACAUAUCGAACAACUCACCACUGCCAGCGAACAUUGUGAUCUAGCCAUUAAGACAGUAGAAGAAAUUGAAGGUGUGCUAGGGCGAGAUCUCUAUCCAAAUCUGGCAGAAGAGAGGUCUCGAUGGGAAAAGGAACUGGCAGGCCUAAGGGAAGAGAAUGAGAGUCUCACUGCAAUGCUGUGCAGUAAAGAAGAGGAGCUGAACAGGACCAAGGCCACUAUGAAUGCUAUCCGAGAAGAACGGGACAGAUUACGCAGAAGGGUUCGAGAACUACAGACCCGUUUACAGAGCAUCCAGGCAACUGGGCCAUCAAGCCCAAGUCGUCUCACUCCAGCCAACCGUCCCAUUAACCCUAGCACUGGAGAACUGAGCACCAGCAGCAGCAGUAAUGACAUUCCCAUUGCCAAGAUCGCUGAGCGAGUGAAGCUCUCAAAGACAAGGUCAGAGUCUUCCACAUCAGACCGCCCUGUGCUGGGAUCCGAAAUCAGUAGCAUAGGAGUAUCAAGCAGCGUGGCUGAACAUCUAGCCCACUCCCUUCAGGACUGUUCCAAUAUCCAAGAAAUUUUCCAGACACUCUACUCACAUGGGUCUGCUAUCUCUGAAAGCAAAAUCCGAGAAUUUGAAGUAGAAACUGAACGAUUAAACAGCCGCAUUGAACACUUAAAAUCUCAGAAUGAUUUAUUGACAAUAACUCUGGAAGAGUGUAAGAACAAUGCUGAGAGGAUGAGCAUGUUGGUCGGAAAAUAUGAAUCCAAUGCCACUGCUCUAAGACUUGCAUUGCAGUACAGUGAACAGUGCAUUGAAGCCUAUGAGCUGCUACUAGCAUUGGCAGAAAGUGAACAGUCUCUCAUUCUUGGGCAAUUCCGAGCUGCAGGUGUUGGGUCUGUUGGGGACAAAACAUGUGAUGAAAACAUCACCCAGAUGCUUAAAAGAGCUCAUGACUGCAGGAAGACAGCUGAGAAUGCAGCCAAAGCCCUGCUGAUGAAAUUGGAUGGUAGCUGUGGAGGAGCCUAUGCAGUCACUGGCUGCAGUGUACAGCCAUGGGAGAGUCUGUCAUCCAAUAGCCAUACCAGUACUACCAGCUCAACAGCAAGUAGUUGUGAUACGGAGUUCACAAAGGAGGAUGAACAAAGACUAAAGGACUACAUUCAGCAGUUGAAGAAUGACCGGUCCGCUGUGAAGUUGACCAUGUUGGAACUGGAGAGCAUCCAUAUUGAUCCCCUUAGUUAUGAUGUCAAGCCUCGCGGAGACAGCCAAAGGCUGGAUCUAGAAAACGCGGUACUCAUGCAGGAACUCAUGUCAAUGAAGGAGGAAAUGGCAGAGCUGAAGGCGCAGCUGUACUUGCUAGAAAAAGAGAAGAAAGCUCUAGAGCUGAAGCUGAGCAGUCGAGAAGCUCAAGAGCAGGCCUACCUAGUCCACAUUGAGCACCUGAAAUCAGAAGUGGAAGAGCAAAAGGAACAGAGGAUGAGGUCGCUCAGCUUGGCCAGCAGCAGCAGCAAAGAUAAGGAAUGUACAGAGACCACUACAGCAUCAUUAACAUUAGCCGAGCUGAAACCGUACAGUGAAAGCGAUCUGACUACAGAACUGGCAAAUGCACUCAGACGAGAAAAGAAAUUGAAAACUAGAGUGCAGGAAUUGGUGAGUGCCUUAGAGAGACUGACAAAGAGUGGCGAGAUCCGGCACCAGCAGUCUGCAGAGUUUGUUAAUGACUUGAAAAGAGCAAACAGUAACCUUGUGGCUGCCUAUGAGAAAGCAAAAAAGAAGCAUCAAAACAAGCUGAAGAAAUUGGAAUCUCAAAUGAUGGCCAUGGUUGAAAGGCAUGAGACGCAAGUGAGAAUGCUCAAACAAAGAAUUGCAUUGCUAGAAGAGGAGAACUCAAGACCCCAUACCAAUGAAACAUCACUUUAAGCAGAGCAAAAGGUGUUUUGUGUGUUUUGUUUUGUUCUGUAAAGAAUCCAUGUGCCAUUGCAAACCGGACUCCUUGCAAGACUGAUUUAAGGGAAUCUGAAGCAAACUGGAAGUCAGCAAAGCCCAAGAGAGGUUUUGAAGAUGUUCAGCCAUAAGCAAGAGCCAAAAAGGAAAGGAGAUUUUUUUUAUGGCUGCUUGUAAACAGACAGUGCCUGUUGGUAAAUGUAUUUCUUUAUCAGUAAUUAUAAUUAUUUUUAUUUACACCAUUGAAAGAUCCCUUUUUAUGGGUGACAGCAAGAAUACUCCUUCGUUAAAUGUUCUUUUCCAUUAUAUUUUUGAGGGAACCCUUGACACACAAGGCCCUCCAGUAGCUUUUAUGAGGUCUCCUCUUCCUGCUGUUCAUCCCACUUUUCUGAAAUGGAAUCAGAUAGCCAGACAUUUGUAGAAACCUUUUGUCACCAAGGAGCAUGAAGUGUUGUCACAUGGCUGAAGGCUGCAUCGUGUUGGGCAUGCAGGUAAUACCUCCACGUAAAUGGCUGUGUGUGAUCAUGCAGUUCUCUCCUCCAUCUAUUUAAAAGGAACGUAAUAAUACAAAGGUGCUUUAAGACUGAGGCCUUUUUAAGUCAUCAUAUGCUGGAUCAGUGUCCAUUAGUCAGUCUGCCCACAGCCCCUCUUCUGCUGAUUUCUGUCAAGCCAGACACGCUGGCAGGAUCAGCACAAGAGGCCAGCAACUGUAUCUCAAGCACCUCCAGCAGUGCCAGUCCCACAGCCCCUUCUGAAUUGGUGCUUUUUCUCUUCUUUGAGACUGUCAGUGCCAGGAAAAGCAGUUAGCUGGAAGCACAAUUUUAACUAGUUUGGCAGUCUUACUGCAGGUCAAUCUUACUGCAUGUUUGUUCUGAGAAUAGUCACUUAACUUAUGAAGACAUUCAUUGCUACACAUCCUUCAUUCCAAAUGAAGUCGUAGUCACUACAUGAUUUAUUGCAAAGAACUCUGCAGCAAGAUUAAAUCACAGGACAGCAUUUCUUCACCAGAUGGUUUGUCAAGGCUAUCACUGGGGUAGUGCUGAAAAAUACAUUUUGGUCCAGAUUUCCCUAAAGUGGACUAUUUUGCUGCUGUGCAGCAUGAAAACAGUCAAGUGGGUAAAGUCAUAGUUCAGCUUGGUAUCAGCUGAAAAUGUCCUUGGUUUUAAGGAAUGUGCCUGCUCAGAUGAAUGUAAAAGUGCUCCCUUGAAAACCUUUGCUUCUUUAAAAAGCUGUGUGGAAAUUCACUUCCAAGCAAGCUCAGUUGUGGUGCUAAUUCUGUCUUCUCAGGCAUGUAGAACUUAUCAUAUCAACCCAAAACAAGCAAAAUGGCAUCCUACAAAAUACUUAAAUAAGAAACUGGAAUGUCUCUGUUAAUGAGAACCUGCUUUUUAUUUUCUCUGACAAGACAUACAUGUGGCAAAAAUUCCCUGGUGAUAUAUCAGUAGAGCUAUGCUAAAGAACACGCAUUAAAAUUAAUCUCUAGGUAUCCAGGGAAUGCAAUCUCUCCAUUGUGGCCCAUGCAGCUCAACGGUGCCUUGCUUUUAGAACUAGGGUGUUUUAUUUCUUUGCACUCUUGAUUGUGUAAGCACUUGCAAUAAAUCCAUCAGUGCCAACAAGAUAACCACCUAAAGUCUGCUGGUGCUCUUAUAUAUUUUCAUUGUAACGGAGAUGAGGUGCAUUUCUAGUCAAGCUGAGGUUUUGGACUUCAGCUCCUUUUUUUCUUCUUGCUAUGCUGCUGCAUCUUAUUGUAUAGGAGAAAAUGAAGAUCACACUAGUUGUCCAGGAGGUUUCUGGAGUUGGCAGUAGAGGUAAAACCAAUUGAAAACACCAGGUAGAGCCAAACAGCCUUGGUGCCACAAAAGCUGAACAAGACUCAGCUUUUUCAGCUGGGGCCAACAAGAGCUUCAGCUGAAUGCUGGAAUCCAGCAUUCAGUUGAAGCUCUCCCUACCGCCAUAUCCCAGGUUCAUGUGGAGUUGGGAAACCAUAGCAGGGAGAGGAGAGUUUCAACUGAAUGCUGACUGGAGUCUCUCCCCAGAGCCGCCAGAUGGACCUGAAAAUUGGGGAGGGGGGAGCACAAUCUUUUGAACUUGAAGUACCUUUAUUAGCAUACUGUACAGAUUCUUCUCCACAAAAGACACAGAUAAAUAUAAGGGAUAAACACAAAUAUACAAAGAAUCAAUUUAAAAGAGAUGUCUCCAUUUAGGCAGGCUUAAUUUUUAGUAUUAGUAUGAAAAACUUAGCUAUCAAACUAGUGAUUUGGGGAUCUUUAUCAGAUAAUAGAAAUGAGAGUUGUUUCUUUGAUCCGUGUUAAGGCUAUACUGAGGUGGACUGCAGGAUCAAUUAAUUUCUCACGCAGAUCCCUUUGGUGAUGGCAAUCAAAAAAAAUAUGAGUGGUGGAAUCUGGUGUUUCUUUCCUGCGUGAACCGAAACAAAGAGCAUAUGGAAUGCAAAGGAAUCUCCCUGAGAGCAUCAAUGACGGGAAGGAGUUUAUCCUGGCCAUCAUAAACACCUGUCUGUUAAUGGGUGGUUCAAUGUCACUUAGAUCAGAUUGGAAUUGUGAUUGCAUUGGAUACUUAGAAAUUAAGGCAAGCAAAUUCUUGGUUUAUGUGGAUAUAGUGUUGCUAUGUCGUGAUCGCAGAUCCUCUGAACAAUGGUUUUUAAUAUAGUUGCCUGAUCAGUCUGAAGUUAUAAGUCAAAGUCAAUUCCUAUGGAUUUAAUCAUAAGGAGAAUUUUGCUGUAACAGCUGGAUAGAUAGGAAUCCUCUAACGUUGAGGACAACAGACUUGAUGGAUGAUGAUUAAAGAAAACGUUCACCCAGUAUUUGAUGGUAAUUGACGAACCUCUGGUUUUCAUAAGUGAUUGUUUAGUUUCUGCACAGAUCAUAUGAUAAUUGGCACAUCGAGGCAAUCCUGUUAUUUGAUGCAGAAAGUAGGCAUGUAGAUAUUCAAUAGUAUUGUUGAAAGCAUAAAUCCACACAUUUAUUCCAUACAAAAGUUGUGAGAUUAUAUUUGCAUUAAAGAUGAUAGUUGCUGCAGGAAGAAUUUGAUUUCCAUGGUGGAAGUAGCCAUUGGGGAUUGCUGAUAUCAUACCUUUGGAUAGAUUGAUGGCACAAGAUCUAUCCAGGCUGUGUGGCUGUGGUCUGGUAGAUCUCUCUGUGAUAGACCUCUGAAGAUGCCAGCCACAGAUGCAGACGAAACGUUAGAGACAAGAUCUACCAGACCACAGCCACACAGUUCGGAAACCCACAACAACCAGUUGAAUCCAGCCGUGAAAGCCUUCAACAAUACAUUAUAUUUAGUUCAAAGCUAGCUAUUUAAAGGCACAUUUAAGAUCUAAAAAUACAAUGUACAUUUUUCUUCUGACCAAUAGUAAGGUAUUUUUAAGCACGGAAGUCAAAGAAAGACAGUGAUCAGUUGUAGAUGUCACAACUUCUAUUGCUCAUCUUCUUCGCAUCAUUUCAAACCAUUUCCUAGCAAAUCUCUGCAAGCAGGUACUUUCUGUGGCAAAUUUGCCUGAAUAGUUGGGACUUCUAGACAAUUGGUUUGAUGUGAUUUCAAAACUGAGCCACAAAAUAACUUAUUGCUGCUUCUUUAUGCUGUCACGUCUUCUUGAUUUAUUGUGCAACAUCUUGAUUUCAUUGAUGCUGUAACAUCUUCUUGAUUUAUGCUGUAAUAUCUUCUUGAUUUCAUUUUGGAAAAAAUUACUGUUCUUAUUUUUUGCCAGUGGAAGAGCAUGAAGUGAUUCACUUCUUUUUUGUAGAUCAGCCAACAAUUACAUUCCACCCAAGGAGGUUAUCUUCUUAGUGUGACCUUCCAACAAAGCUGGGUUCUUUUCAGCUUCCAGUUUGAGGCCAGGAUUAUAUCUUUCUCAUUUUUUCACUCCUCCCACUAAAGGAGAUUAGCUUAAAGAGCAAGCGUACUCUCUGAUAUAGUUUCCAGCAGUAUUAUCCUUGUCUCUUUCCUUAAUAUUUUAUGGCUGCUCCCAUUUCCACUGAAUUUGCAGCAGGAAUGGUACACAGUAAUUGAGUGUGGGGAAAUGGAAGACUGUGUUGCAUUAGGGAAGCCUGCAAUUUAAUGAGGAAGGGAGUAGUGCCACUUUUAUAUCAGGUAUGGCAGUCAUCUUGUAUUGAAAGCCCGUUUAUCUUACUUGUCAGACUUGCUUGUCCAAUAUGGACAAACUACAGUAAACAAAGCAGUUGGGCCCCAUUUAUCCUUCAGUCAAGAAUUUCUUAGAUACCCAGUCACCAUCCAGGAUACUUAAGCAGCUCUUUCUAAAGAACUAAAGCAUAAACUGUACAAGCAGAGGAGAAGGAGUCAUAAUCAGGUUCUCAUUCCUGAUCCAGAUACUAUGGAAGAAGUAGUCACAGAUAGCAGCAGUCCCAUCCAGGAACCCCAGUGGUCAGUGGAUAUGCAAAUUAAUCUAGGCUUCUCCUGCCAAUUAUUAGUUGUCCAUCUCUUGAUUCAAGGCAUACCCACAAAGCUUUCUUAAAAAUGGACGUAUCAUUUCUCUGAGGGAGGGGAAUCCUCCCAUCCUUCUAGAUAUUAUUGCCCACUGUCACCCUUCCCAGGCUGGACGCCUUCAGAAGAGGAGAGUUCUUAAUUAGAAUCCUGAAUUCUAAUCAUGGAAGGAAACUGUCUGAAUAGUAUGAUCUUUCUACAGUGCAGAUUGUGCAAACCCUUCAUGUCAUUGUGUUUAAAGCAAUCUAGGUCCUCCCUUUAGAUCUAGUCCCCCUGACUCUCAAGGUUCAAAACCCAGGGGCCCUUUGAAGUAUUUUUAGAGCUAUGCAGUCAAAACUCAUAGUAACGUCUGAGCAUUCAUUAAUAUUAUCUUCCAGUCUAAACUGGUUUACAUAGCUCAGCCCAGAAUAUUCAUAUCAUUUGAUUAAUAAAAUCUGUAUUCUUGUCAUCAAGGUCAAUGUGCCACAUAUAUACAAGAAAAAUCCUUACAAAAGCCUCCUUGGAUUUUUGCUUUCUUGAAGUUCUUUCUGUUGCCACAAACCUUAUAGAAGGACUUGACAGAGUGGCCAGGAUAGUAGUUUGUAUGGCAAAUUACUUCAUGGAUCACUUGCAGUUCUGUGCCAGAAUUAAGCCUUUUAAUGUUGUAAAAACUUGUGGAUAAUAGACUGGGUACAAUAAGGCAAAUAGUUUGUCAAGAAAUUUUCUCUUUGUGCUGGUGGAAACUGAGGAUAAAAGGUAAGCUCCAUCUAUCUAUCCUGCCUUAAAAGGGAAUCUAUUCAUGACAUAAAAAUAUAUGGGAAAAGAAAAAAUAAGGGAGGCUUCUUCUAGAGAUUAUUUAAUGUGUGGAUUGCAAGAAGUAGAAAGCCACCUGGAUCAUUUUAAGAGUAUUUCUAGGGCUAAGGCUUGUACUGGCCAGAUUGAAGAGCGGCAACAUCAUCUGCUACUAAAGCCCAAGUGGAAGGAGUCCCUUUGCAUUUGUAAUAUCACUUUAAAAACCCUUCCAUGUCACUUCUUGAAUCCAAGUGGAAAAAAGAUCAGCAUUAUCUGGGCUGCAUCUUCCUGCCUGUGGGCGUAGCUGCUCAAUCUCCAAGCAUGCCGAUUGAGUCCUGUGGCAUAUGGGUAAAGCAGUGGCCCUGGAAGUCAAGGACUAGUCUUAUUGACAGUGGACCCUGACCAAGAGGUUUCAUGACCAUCGCCUUCAGGAAUCAAUACUUCCUGGGUCAGAACAAAAGUGCAGCUAUCAUGUGACUGGGGCCACUUAGAAUCUUGUCAUAGCCUGCAACUGAGAGAAGUUCACCCUCUCUCUGGCAAUUGUAUGGGGAAGUGCCUGUAAUGGCUUGUAUAAUAAUAGCCAUUGGAGGCCACGUAAAGGCUAUUGCCUGGCCUAUGGCCAGACUAAAAUGUGAAUCUAUGACUGAUUCCACAUUGGCCAAAAACAGCGGUGUGAAAAUGGUGUGAAAACUGUAUAAACCCUUUUACACCAUUUUCACACUGCUGUUUUUGGCCCAUGUGGAAUCAGCCUGUGUGAAAGAGCCAGAUAGUACAAUGAUAGCUAAAUUGCCUCUACAAUAAUUGUGUACUGGAGUGGGGUAGCAUUGAGGGAGAAGUGAAUGUAUUUCCUGGUUUUUCUCCUUCCUUACAAGCAUUUCUUGCUUAGUGCUAAAACUAUAAUUAGAUUUUUUUGUUAGGAAAAAGUUCCAAGAAGUAUAUUAAAAGCAAUAUACAGCUUCAGCAGAGAAAACCAAAGCACUUUUUAAAAAUUAAUAAAUGGCAGCAUGUCUCAUACACUCCUAUCAAUAUUGCCUGAAUUCAAUUUAAAUGUUGCAAACACUGUUGAGCCAUUUUUGUCUUUUAAAAAGUUGUGUAAAUAUGCCUCUGGCUUUGGCAAAGUUUUACAACUUAUAAGAUCACACAACUAUGUAAAGUUUGAAUACAUCCUAACACAACUUAGGUUUGAAACUGCAGUUGCCAUAGAAAAUAAUUCAAUUUAUUGGGAUAGCAUCAGCCAUUUCACCUGGGUCUGCUAAAUUAGAUUACAUUUGUGCCAGACGAUCCUACAUGUAGCCCAGGUGGCAUCUUACACAACAUAUAUCAAUCCCAUUGGAUUCUGCCAAUGCAGCAGUUUAAAAAACCUCAGAGAAAAUUGUAGGCAGAUCAUAGGAACUGAGGCUUGUUUGCCUUACUGUGCUUUCUUUUUUUCCCAGUGAUGGGCCAAAUUCAGCAAGAAAUGUAUAUCUACAUUUAGAUGGUUUGCAGAGGAGUCAGCAUUCUUCUGUGUGGGUAUUCUUUUUAAAAAGACUCAAGAGAAACAAACUGCCCUGGUCUAGCCAGAGUAGCAUCCUGAGGAACACAGGCUGGUUUCCAAACAUACACGCAGUUUCCAGCUUCUAGGGACACUAAUUGCAAGUGUGGCCUUGCUUAACUAGACAGCACUGUCUUGUUCUGCCAGUGCAGACUGCUUGUGCUGAAGAGGGGCUAAGAAGGGUAGAGUGAUGAUGUCUCCAAAUGCUUGUGAUUUGGAGAACAGCAUACCACAAGCAGAGCUAUUCUUUUUACCUUUUAGUACAAUAUUGUAAGAAUGCUAAUAUAAAGCUAGAAUAUAGAAUUCAAAAGUAAGAACUUUUCAGAGUGUGUUACAUGCAAAAACCAGCCAGGGGAUAUUUACUGCCAAGAGCAGAAGAGCAAUUAACAACAUUUGUGACUCUGACGGUAACUGUUUCAAACACAAUGAGAAGUGUUGACUUCACUUUGCUUUGAGGAGGAAAUAUACUUGGGCUUAGCUAUCAUUAGUCCAGAAUUCAGGAUGAGUAGGUUACUGGGACUGUUACAUAGAGUCAAAUACCAAAGAAAGAAAGACAACCACACAUAAAACCAUCAGUUAUGCAAGUGUUUUAAAACCAUCUGUCCUUUUCCUAACCAGAUGGAAAAGGACAACAGACUAGGCUUGGGGGAACUUGCCAUCUCUGCUUUGAAAAGCUUCUAAAACUGUCCAUUCCGUUGUGUUAAGUGUAAAAGUUUUGUUUUGAAAACAAUUUCAAUUCAGUCAUUGUAGUCUCUAAAUGUGACAUGUUAAGUUGUAUUAUUAGAACAGGUUUCUAGAAGUUGUUGAGCUUGUCACGACAUUGCAUGGGACCUAUUCUAAAUGUUAUUUUCCAAUUUUUACACCAGUUUGAAUGUAUUGUUAGUUAUUUACAAAGCACAUAUGAUUAAUUUUGCAUUAAAUGUCAGUAUUGUACUACUGUUUAUAGUAGAAUUUUUCACUGAGAACUUCCAUUUUCAUUUUUUUCAGUUGCUUUACAUCCUUAGCUGCUGUAAAAUAGCUAUUUGUGUUUAUUUGAUAUAGAAUUGUACAAACUGCAUUUAUUUAUACAGAGGCAUUUAUAAUACUUUUACAAAUGUUCUUAUAUUCUGAAUAAAUUUCUAAUGCUAGAA